AUGAAUAUAUUUGGCUUUCGUCGUCUUCUUUUUCUCUUCAUUGGACUUGUGCCGUUCGGUGAUCUGUCACCAGUUAACAACGACAACAAUAAUCAACGUCAAGCACAAGUAGCAAACACAAUUGUCAAUCAACCAACUCCAGUAAUCUUAAGUACUCGACCAUCGAAUUUAUUAGCAUCAACUUCUAUGCAAUGGAUAAAAACAUUAAAAAAUAUAACAGAAAAUGGUGGUAGCACAGUUAUUUUGGAAUGUCAAGUUCAAUCAGCCCAUACAGUAUCAUUCAAUUGGUAUAGAUACAAUAAUCCGCUUGAUAAAAGACGCUUUUCUAUUGAUCAAAGUGCAUUCCGAUCUAGUAUUAAUUUAAAGAAUUUAAAAGAAUCCGAAGCUGGUUUCUAUACAUGUGAAGUAUCGAAUGGUUUUCAAACGUUAGCAUCAACUGGAUUUGUUCGAGUUAAAAAUCCCGUGGAUAUCGAUGAUACUGAUUCAAAUGAUGAAUUAUUACCAUCAAUUGAUUUUCAACCAGAAAUAGUUAUAAAUAGUGAUGAACAAACAAAUAAAUUAAAAUGUGAACAAUAUACGGGUAGUAUUUGUCGUCCGAUAAUAUCGUCUCAAUAUAUAUCAACAACAAAUCAAAAUGAGAUUGAGAAAAAUUUAAUGGAAAAUUUAAAUUUUGUUACUAAUAAUGAAUUAUUAUCAAAAGAAUGUGGUCAAUUGUUAUUACAAAUGAUAUGUUUAUUUGCAUAUCCAAUAUGUGACAACGAUCGUUUUAGUGUACGUUCUAUAUGUCGUCAUUCAUGUGAAUAUUUUCAAAAUCAUGCAUGUUCAAAUCUAUUUAAUGAUAAACUACCACAAAUGUAUUCUAAUCUUCAACUUAUACAAAAGAUACCGACAUGUGAUAAUCUACCACCGACCAGUGAUGAUUCAACAUGUAUUAUUAUUAAUCAAACAGUAUCAAGUCGUCCGAAGAGUAAAAAUUCCUCAUCAUCAAAUUCUCGUUCAACAACUCGACAUCCAGAAACAUCAACAUCACACAUAUUGACUAUUUUAUGUGUUAUUACUGCACCUGUUGCUGUAUGUCUCAUAAUGGUAAUUAUAUGCUGGCGUUGCCAUCGUAAAAAUAAUAAUAAUAGUCAUCUGUCAACAUGUUCAUCGACAUCAACACCAAUUAAAAAGUCUACACAUCUUAUUAAUACGGUUACAUCGUCACCUUUUCGUCCAUCCAUAACGACAAAUAUUAAUAAACCAAAUCCACGUUAUAUACCGUCGUCGUCAUCAUCAUCAAAUACAUAUUUUACAAACACACACCUUCGACAAACAUUACUUAAAUCGGAAAUAAAACAUCCAAAUUUUCAAAAUCCAUUAUCAGAAAGUUCUCUAGCUGAAAUUCCAUUCACAAAUAUAAGAAUUUUACAAGAACUUGGUGAAGGUGAUUUUGGACGAAUAUAUAAAGGUGAAUUUGUUGAUAGUUCACAGAAAUGUAUAAUAAAAACGUUACAAACUGAAUUUGCAUCACCACAAAAUCGUGAAGAAUAUUCACGUGAAAUAGAAAUUUUUCGUCAUAUACGCCAUUCGAAUAUAUCCUGUCUACUUGGUAUUUGUAUGCAACCACAAAAUGCACUUUCAUUAAUGAUCUAUGAACGUUUAAAUGAUGGAGAUUUACAUGAAUAUUUAUUACAACGUUCAACAGCAAUUUCGCUGUAUCAACAACGUGAUCUCACUGAUUUUCUUUAUAUAUCAAUACAGAUUAUAUCGGGCAUGGUUUAUUUAGCUGAAAAGAAUUUUGUUCAUAAUGAUUUAUCAGCCAAAAAUAUUCUCAUUUCUGAACAUAUGGACAUCAAAAUUUCUAAUAUUGCACGUUACCGUCCAAAAUAUGAUGCAGAUUAUUAUAAGAUCGCUAAUCGUUCAUUACCUGUCCGAUGGAUGGCAAUAGAAUCUUUGCUAUCAGGUAUUUAUACUGAAAUGUCAGAUGUUUGGUCGUUCGGUGUUCUCCUUUGGGAAAUGUUUUCCUAUGGUAUACAACCAUAUUAUGGACGAACAAAUCCAGAAGUAAUUGAAAUGAUACGCGAUAGAAAAUUAUUAACUUGUCCAAUGAAUUGUCCAAAACGAAUCUAUGCAUUAAUGUGCUCAUGUUGGGAAGAACUCAGCGAACAACGACCGACAUUUACUGACUUGAUGAAAAGAUUUCGACAAUUUGAAGAAAAGUCAGGAACAUUGUCAUCAACAACAUCAUCGUCCUUAGUUGAUGUACCACCUGUUGUAAAUCAUGGAGACAUACAAACGCCAAAAUACCGAACAUUUAUUUCACCGUUACCACCAUCAUCAUUUGUGCGUAAUGACACAUUUUCAACUAGUGGACGAACUGCUCCACAAUCGGUGAUUGCUGAUAAAGAGGGUAUUCGUUUUGAAGUCUAA